UAAAAAAAGAGAGAGACCUAAUUUCACUCCAAAAAUAUUCUCUCUUCUUCUUCUGAGACUGUAAACAUUUGUUCUCGAGCUCCAUCUUCAUCGUCUUCGUCUACAACAAUGGCUCCAGAACCAGAGGAUGAAAUCAUGAACGAGAAGAACCCACCUCCUUUGGAUGAAGACGAUAUUGCCCUUCUAAAGACCUAUGGAUUGGGUCCAUACUCAAAUAGUAUUAAAAAGACUGAGAAGGAGAUUAAAGAGAUGGCCAAGAAGGUCAAUGAUUUAUGUGGGAUUAAGGAGUCUGACACUGGAUUAGCUGCCCCGAGUCAGUGGGAUCUUGUUUCUGAUAAGCAAAUGAUGCAGGAAGAGCAGCCUCUUCAGGUUGCUAGAUGUACAAAGAUUAUUAACGCAAACACUGAAGAUGCCAAGUAUGUCAUUAAUGUCAAGCAGAUUGCAAAGUUUGUUGUUGGCUUGGGGGACAAAGUCUCACCUACUGACAUUGAAGAAGGAAUGCGUGUUGGUGUUGACAGAAAUAAAUAUCAGAUUCAGAUCCCCCUACCCCCAAAGAUUGAUCCAAGUGUUACUCUGAUGACUGUUGAAGAAAAGCCCGAUGUAACCUAUGCUGAUGUUGGUGGAUGUAAAGAGCAAAUUGAGAAGAUGCGAGAGGUUGUUGAACUGCCCAUGCUUCAUCCCGAGAAAUUCGUCAAGCUUGGAAUUGAUCCUCCCAAGGGUGUUCUCUGCUAUGGACCACCUGGUACUGGCAAAACACUACUAGCUAGAGCUGUAGCCAACAGAACUGAUGCAUGUUUCAUCAGAGUUAUUGGAAGUGAGCUUGUCCAGAAAUACGUUGGUGAGGGAGCUCGUAUGGUUCGAGAGCUUUUCCAGAUGGCCCGUUCAAAGAAGGCUUGCAUUGUGUUUUUUGAUGAAGUUGAUGCAAUUGGUGGUGCUCGUUUUGAUGACGGUGUUGGUGGGGAUAAUGAGGUGCAACGUACUAUGCUUGAGAUUGUCAAUCAGCUUGAUGGAUUUGAUGCACGUGGAAACAUUAAAGUGCUCAUGGCGACCAACAGGCCUGACACUUUGGACCCAGCUCUAUUACGUCCUGGACGGUUAGACCGUAAAGUUGAAUUUGGGUUACCUGACUUGGAAAGCAGGACCCAGAUAUUCAAAAUUCAUACUAGGACGAUGAACUGUGAACGUGACAUUAGGUUCGAGCUCUUAGCUCGCCUUUGCCCAAAUUCCACUGGAGCUGAUAUCCGAAGUGUGUGUACCGAAGCUGGAAUGUACGCAAUUCGUGCACGUAGGAAAACCGUGACAGAGAAGGACUUCCUUGAUGCUGUCAACAAGGUCAUCAAGGGUUACCAAAAGUUCAGUGCAACUCCCAAGUACAUGGUGUACAACUAAGGAAUUAGGAUGGCUAUCGACAAUGAUGAUACAUGGUUUACAGCUGUAUAACUCAGAUGGCUAUUGACAAUGACGAUACCUGGUUACAACUGUGGCAUUUAGUCAGAUGAAUUUCUUUGUUACAGUCAGAACCCCCUCUAGAUUCUCCAAACUGUACCUUCGUUUCGUAUGUGGUUGCUUCUUUUCGAGUUUUCAGUAUUUAUGUAUCUCACAUUUCGGAGCAACUAUAGGGUUAAGACGGAACUUCAAAGAUGCGUUAUGUUACGCUCUCCUCUCUUCUUUUGCUUCAUGUCUCCUGAACUUACUUGUCUCAAGAUGCAAAGGAGCUGAAGCUUUAGUUUUUUUCUUUAAUACUGGGCUCGUCUGAACACCAAGAAAUGAAGCUACUUUAUAGACUUGCAAUGUACUUGUUUCAGCAUCAAUUUACAUUGUGUGGUCAUUCUUCAUGUUUUAA